CCGGGCGAAGAGUGGACGGCCCGGAGGCCGAAAGCAUUAGAAGAGGAGCAUGAGGUCGCGACGAGACCUGCUGGUCUUCGGGACAAGGUCAAACCGGUUUUGGGCAGUGCCGACGACCGGAUCGAGGAUGAGACGACGACGACGACGACGACGGCGAGGAAAGAGGUGAUACCGGAAAGCACCUCCUCAUGCCAUUCCAUCUCGUCUAGCGACAUUUACACAUAA